GCUUUUGUUGAUUGGUUUGUUUCCGCUCCACGUCCCACGUCUCCUGUCCUGCGAGGUUAUGUCGCCCGCGGAAAGCUUGCCCAUCUUCACCAAAUCGCAGGCAAGCUUCGUAGCCACCUUCCUUCCUUUCAAUGGCUUAUUCACCAGCGCCGCCUCCUCCCUAAAACGCACCGCAUUGCUCAAACCCCAUCCCAUGCGUUCCACAACCACCACCCUCACCAGGAGGACCACUCUCCCACUCGCUCAACCUUCCCCUCUCUUCACGCGCCGCCGCCUCACUACUCCUCCUUCCUCUUCUCCUUCUCUCCCGCCACGUCAUCACAAAAACCCUCCGCAUCACGCUUCUGAUUCUUCUUCUCCCCUCACCUCCCUCCCUUCCAUCCUCUCUUCCAAGCUUCUCGAUUCUUCCAAAUGCAAGUCCCUCAUUCCCCGUUUGUCCCCUCACGACUUCGAUCGCUUCUUCUUCUCUACUCACAUCGCCGCCACCGCCCGAAAUAAUAACCACCACCACCACAACCUCGACGUCCUCACGACUUUCCGUUUCUUCAACUUCGCGUCCAAAUGCUUCGGUUUCGCUUUCACCGUUCGGUCUUACUGCGUCUUGCUCCGUAUGCUUCUCGCUUCGAAUUUCUUGCCUCGUGCGAGAUCGAUUCUCGGAAGUUUGAUCGAUGGGAGAGUACCUGCUCUGUUCGAAAACCGCCGCAACGGGCCAAUCGAGAUUGCAGCUUCUAUGUUGGAGCUUAAUGCAGCUACUGGUAUGAGAUAUGGUGAAUUGGACUUGUUGAUUCAUACUCUCUGUUCUCAGUUUAAGAAUUUAGGUGUUGGUGUUGCUUUUGAUGCAUUCUGGUUGUUCGAGAAGGAAGGUAUUCUUCCUUCUACUAAGUCCUGCAAUUUCUUGCUUAGCUCUUUAGUGAAGACUAAUGAGCUUGAGAAGAGCUUUGACGUUUUCGAGGCUGUUUGUCGAUGCGGUUCGCCAGAUGUUUACACGAUAACUACUGCUGUUAAUGGUUUUUGUAAGGGAGGGAGGGUUGAUGAUGCCGUUGGGUUGUUUCUAAGAAUGGAGGAGUUAGGUGUUUCGCCUAAUGUGGUGACUUAUAAUAACGUGAUUGAUGGGUUGUGCAAGAGUGGAAGGAUCGAAGAGGCCUUGAGAUUUAAGGAGAGAAUGUUAGAAAGCAAAGUGAGGCCGACUGUCGUAACUUACUGUGCCAUUAUUAAUGGUUUGGUGAAGUUGGAGAAGUUUGAUGAGGCACAUUGUGUUUUUUUAGAAAUGAGCAGCAGGGGAAUCGCCCCUAAUGAGUUUGUUUAUAAUACAAUGAUUGAUGGGUACUGCAGGAACAAGAAUAUGAGCGAGGCACUAAGGAUCAGGGAUGAGAUGUUAUCCAACGGGAUAAUUCCCAAUGAUGUUACUCUUAAUACUCUGUUACAAGGAUAUUGUAGGAGUAAUCAAAUGGAGCAAGCUGAGAAACAAGUAGAGCACAUUUUAUCGCGUGGGUUAGUUGUUAACCAGGAUGCGUGUUCUUAUGUUAUUCAUUGGUUAUUUGGUAAAUCCAGAUUUGACGCAGCUCUCAAAAUUGUAAGACAGAUGCUGUUGAGGAAUGUCAAGACCAGUGAUAGCUUGCUAACCCCUUUGGUAUGUGGACUUUGUAGAUGUGGAAAACAUGCAGAGGCAACUGAACUUUGGUUUGGCCUUGCAAAGAGAGGCCUUUCAGCAAAUACAACUACCUCAAACGCUCUUCUUCAUGGAUUUUGUGAACAAGGGAACACACAGGAGGCCGUCACAUUAUUCAAAGAGAUGAUUCAGUGGGGCUUGGUACCAGAUAGGAUCUCUUUCAACACACUUAUUUUUGGCUUUUGCAAAGCGGGUAAAAUCGAUGAAGCUUUUGUGCUAAAGGAAGAGAUGAAUGAGCAAGGAUUUCAAUCUGAUAUGUAUACCUACAAUUUCCUAAUGAAGGGAUUGGCUGAUAUGGGAAAAAUGGAUGAGGUUAAUAAGGUUUUGGAUGAAGCUGAAGGGUGUGGCUUGGUUCCAAAUGUCUAUACAUAUGCCCUUAUAUUAGAAGGAUACUGUAAGGCUGACCAGAUUGGACAUGCCAUAAACUUAUUUGAUGAGCUAGUCAAGAAAGUAGAGGUAAGCCCUGUUCUUUAUAACGUUCUUAUUGCAGCCUACUGUAGGGUUGGGAAGGUCAUGGAUGCCUUCAAACUUCGUGAUGCCAUGAAAAGUAGGGGCAUCCUACGCACCUGCUCCACAUAUUCUUCGCUAAUACAUGGUAUGUGCAAACUUGGCCUUGUUGAAAAAGCAAAAAAGAUUUUUGAAGAAAUAAAAAAUGAAGGGUUGCUGCCAAAUGUUUUUUGCUAUACUGCUCUAAUUGGUGGUUACUGUAAGUUAGGACAGAUGGAUAAAGCUGGGAAUAUCUUACUUGAAAUGUCUUUGAAUAACAUACAACCUAAUAAGAUUACCUACACUACUCUGAUAGAUGGGUAUUGUAAAUUGGGAAAUAUGAAAGAAGCAAAUAAGCUUUUAAACGAGAUGAUAGCAAAUGGAAUAACUCCAGAUGAUGUCACUCGUAAGGUAUUGAAAAAUGGGAAUUGCAAGGAAAGGAAGCUGCACGGAGCCUUGCAAUUGCGUGAUCAUUUGUCUAGUAGAGGAGAACCCUUAGAUGAAAUUACAUAUUCGACAUUGGUUCAGGGUUUACAUUCUCCUACAGCAAUUAGCAAUCAGAAAUAAAGAGGAAACUAUUGAAAGCUUGUAUCUUAGUUGGUAUCAUGACUCUUCUGGACGAUAGUGCCAUAUUGUUGCUGGAACCUCUUGUCAGGAAGAUAAGGGCAUCAUAUGCUUGUUUUCGUGAUAGGAUGAUCAGCUGCUAUUCUUACCUGAAAAUGCUCAUGGAACUUCAGAGAUGACUUAUUGCAAGCUUAGAAACAUUUGGCCUUUGUUCUACUUAUGCAAAUGUAUUUCUGGAUUUUUGUUAGCAUUCAGUGUGAUCUACUUUUUGAAGCAGUUUCCUGUGAUUAUUAGGGUGUAGGAGGAUUGCCAUUGGAGCAAACAUUUUGUAGCUUUUUAACUAUGCAAGGUUGUUGUCCCUUGUUGGUCCUCCGUUCAAUCAAAUUGGUUCACAUUGAUGGCCAGAACAUAAUAGCUUUGCAUGCUUCUAGGAUGCUCUAUAUCUAAGGAGAAUCUGCUUAUAGUAAUUUCUGGUUAAAACUUGGAAGAGAAUAUAGGCUUGGAUACAGUUCAGAUGAAAGACGUUUUUGAAUUUAUUAUGCAUGCUGAUUGCUGACCAAUAACCAGUGUUUGUUGUCACCAUCUUUGCCCUUGACAUUGGAAGGAUUUGGGGUAGAGAAGAAAGUCUACAAGUCAAGAGGGAUGAAGGGUAAACAUUUAUUAAUUUCUUUUAACAAAUUUUCCAGAUGGAGAUAGUGAAGCCAUCAUCAUGAUUGUAUUUUUUCAAAUUUGCUUCACCUUAUGGUGUCUAUUUAGUGGAACUAAUUGUGGUAUACAAAAGAAAAGAAUUACAAUUUCUAACCAGAACUGUACAGUAAUUUGUGUAUGGAUUGUUGUAUUCAUUAAGGGAAAGCCCAAUAAGAAUUAUACAAUUACUUAUUUUCCUUAGAAAGGAAUUAAACUCUACUUUGAAUUAGUUUCUGUUGACUAGUUUUGAUAGCUUUGGGAAAAGGAAGCUAUAUCCUUGGGACAGUGACACAGUGUCCAGUCUAUGCCACUUUUGGGUGAAUUUGGCUGUAGCAUAAUUUCCAUGUUUUCAAUGAUAGAAUAUGGAAUAAGCAAGACUUGCGGAAAAAGCUUUGGUGUUUAACCUCUACUUGGUUUAAAGUUUUGAAUUUCAAAUUUUUUUAUAGGAAUUUCUCUCUUAUGUAU